UAUCAAACUAAACCUCUUCCUGUUGCGACAUUGUUGUUGUUUGCCGUUUGCGACGUGCACGCUGGCUCUGCUGGCGGUUCCCCUCAGCUGUCGCGACGGGCAAGUGGAGCUGCGUUUCAGAAACUCAUCAGGUUUCUUUGUCUGUCUGUCUGUCUCUGUCUUGUAGCGGCUCACUCGAGCAUAGCUUAGUUUAGCUUAGCUAGCUCUUAGCUCCCGUUUUGCGCUCCGGAUCAGCCGCUGGAGAUUGGAACGUUGAGACAUGGCCCAGCGCCGAGGAGUCCUCAGUCUGCAGUUCAACCAGGACCACAGUUGUUUCUGCUGCUCCAUGGAGUCUGGCGUGCGCAUUUACAAUGUGGAGCCUUUGAUGGAGAAGGGCCACCUGGAUCACGAGCAGGUGGGCAGCGUGGCGUUGUGCUCCAUGCUGCAUCGCUCCAACCUGCUGGCCGUGGUCGGGGGCGGAGUCAGCCCCAAGUUCUCUGAGAUAUCCGUGCUGAUCUGGGAUGACGCGUGCGAUUCCCGAGACGCCAAAGACAAGCUGGUCCUGGAGUUCACCUUCACCAAGCCGGUGCUGGCGGUCCGGAUGCGACACGACAAGAUCGUCAUGGUGUUGAAGAACAGGAUCUACGUGUACAGCUUUCCUGACAAGCCGCUCAAGCUCUUUGAGUUUGAUACGCGCGACAACCCCAAAGGUCUGUGCGACUUGUGUCCGAGUCUGGACAAGCAGCUGCUGGUUUUCCCGGGACACAAAUGUGGAAGUCUGCAGCUGGCGGACCUGUCCAACAGCAAGCCCGGGACGUCGUCGGCGCCGUUCACCAUCAACGCGCACCAGAGCGAGAUCGCCUGCCUGGCGCUCAACCAGCCGGGAAGCGUGGCCGCCUCGGCCUCUCGCAAGGGGACGCUCAUACGGCUCUUUGACACCAGCAGCCGCGACAAACUGGUCGAGCUGCGGCGAGGCACCGACCCCGCCACGCUCUACUGCCUCAACUUCAGUCACGACUCGUCCUUCUUGUGCGCAUCCAGUGACAAAGGGACGGUCCACAUCUUCGCCCUGAAAGACACCAAACUUAACCGCCGCUCCGCGUUGGCGCGCGUGGGCAAGGUGGGCCCCGUCAUCGGCCAGUACGUGGACAGCCAGUGGUCGCUGGCCAGCUUCACCGUGCCCGCCGAGUGCGCCUGCAUCUGCGCCUUCGGGAAGAACACAUCCAAGAACGUCAACUCCGUCAUUGCCAUCUGCGUGGACGGCACCUUCCACAAGUACGUCUUCACGCCCGACGGAAACUGCAACCGAGAAGCCUUUGACGUCUACUUGGACAUUUGCAACGACGACGACUUUUGAUCCAGGACGGAAGGAAACGGGCAAGGACCCAAGGAAGAAACGGCAGGACACUUCAGGUGAAGCCAGGUGUCACCUUUUGCGGUUCGGCAGGUCCGUCACACGCCUGCGAUUGCAUUUGUACUUUGACACAAACUGAACAAAGGAAGCAAACCAAAAAAAAAUAAAAAGGGAGGCGACUUCUGUUUUUAUUCAAAGCAAAAUGAUACGUACAUUUACACAUGAAGCACACGUGAGAUCAGGAGAAGAACAUUUAGAUAAGAACCAAAAAUACCCUGCCCCAAUGCAGACGAGCACAAUGGUCAGAGCAAAACCAACGGAGUGCUGGCUUGGCUGCCUUGCGUCUACAGCAGCUCGUGGCGACAUUUUGGGCGAGAGCUGACGCCAGUAAUCAAGCGCGUGAUGAAAUCAACUUAGG